CUCUCACAUUCCCACAAGCGUAGAAGCGCUUUGGAGGAAUUGGAUGGAGGCGCUUCGCUCUCUCUCCAGCGCACAGGACUUAAAAUCCCGCUUUAUUUCGCUUUGCGCUUCUACCAAUGUUAUUAUAUCAGAACAAAGUCCUGAUGAGUUGUUUUUAAUUGAUUUUUGACUCUUUUCUUUAAAGGGAAACCAAGUUUUUUUCUCUCUUUGUUUUUUUUUUUGUCGCGAAUAAGCGACAGUUUUACGCAUUACAGCCACGAGGGAGAUCAGAGCAGCGACUAUUGUUGUCUAUUUCCCCCCGAUGAUGUGGAAUAAUUUCAGCUGGAGAGUAAGAUCUUGAGCGUUUUGUAAAUUAAAAAGGCCGAAUGUGUGAAAGGAUUUCCCUUCAGUCGUAAUCGGGAGCGUGUUUCUCAGCCGUCGUUGCCCUGUGCGCGCAUACUCUCCAAAAGGCGUAAAACGUGCUUAACACGGACCAAAGUCGGCGCAGUGGACACUUAAAGAGUCGCAGUUUGAUCCAGACUAACUGUUCUAAUGACAUUACAAGGUCUCCAUUAAGGAUCUUGGCUGUAAGAAGGAACUGUGUUGUUGUUACGAAGCACUGCAUGGGACCUGAGCUGUCUCCUGUCAUCCUAAUUUUCUCUGGCAUGGCAUCUCUAUGGAAGUAGCCUUCAAAUUGGAGGAUGGCUUUUUCUCUCUCCCCGGGUUACAGCCAAAUCCCCCUGUAUGCCUAAUGGGACAGUGACAGUGAAAGUCGGCUUUUUCCGAAGGUAAAGAAUGACUGCAGCAGCAGGCGUGCUAACAGGCUUGGCUAAGCUUAAACGCCAGGACUCUGCCCGCUCCCAGCACCGGCCCAUACCAUCAUCGCCAGGGCUGGGGAACCCUGCAACAGAGUCUGCCCCAAGGAAGCGGAAACGACGCACUGAUGUUGUUGUGGUACGCGGUAGGCUCCGUCUCUACUCUGCCUCUGGGUUUUUCCUUCUCCUGGGACUGGUCAUCUUGGCGGUGGGGAUCGGGAUGGCCACACUCGGUUACUGGCCGCACAGUCAAACCAUUCCGAAAUCCCCAACUGGAGGAGGAUCUAAGACAGCAACUGCUGGAGGAGCGGGAGGAACAUCUGAAGGAAAUGGAGCCAAUAUGGCCGUGAUGGACGGAGAUGUAGCUAACUCCAAUGCUAGUCAUGUGCAGGAUACGCCUUCCAAGCAGACAGGGGGGGCUCUGAUGCGGUUUCUGGAACAGCAUCGUCACUCUGAGAGGAUGAAGAUGUUCGGGCCUUUCACCAUGGGCAUUGGGAUUUUCAUCUUCAUCUGUGCCAACGCCAUUCUCCACGAAAACAGAGACAGAGAAACUAAGAUAAUCCAUAUGAGAGACAUGUACUCCACCGUCAUUGACAUCCAUCGCCUCAGGCAGAAGGAGCAAAAGCAACACUAUCACCGCAACAGCAUCUACUCGAGAGACGUCGGGGAUCUUCGAGGAUUUGGAGGUGAUAGCGCAGCACGGUUAGCCAGCAACUCCCUCCUCGCUUUCUCCUCUCGGGCCGGAAGCAUCGCCGGAGGGGUUGGGGGCUCAACCGAGGAGGAGGAGGUGCUGUUAGGGGAUGAGGAGCUUCACAGAAACAGGUCCCAGGUGAAGUUGGAUUGUAGUUUUGCUGGGUUACUGGCACCGCUCUACAAAGAUCGCCCCUUUUACAAUCACGGACUUGGGUUGGUUCACUCGGAUUCUGUGCGUCACCAGUGGUCAGUGGAUGGAGAUGGUGAGAGAGGAGGACACCAUGCUCGCUCUAUUGUCUCCUCCUCAAUUUCUGCAUUUACGCUCCCUGUCAUCAAACUCAACAACUGUGUUAUUGACGAGCCGGAGAUGGAGGCGAUUACUGAGGAGGAAAGAGGAGGUGAGAGGAGAGACAGGGAAAGGUCACAGCCUCUGAGCUCGAUGGAGUCUCUGGUGGUUCCUGUAGCAUCUGUUGCCAAGGCAUCCAAACCUCCAGGCCUCCACCGGAGUAACUCCGCCUCCUCAUCCUCCCAUUGCUCCUCCUCUUCCUCCCUCUCCCCUGCUCCCUCAGGCUGCUGGCUCUCCCCUGGAGCAGCGAGGACUGACUUUGGCUCCAACUCUUCACUGCACAUGCUCAGCAGCCACUCCAAAUCUCUGGACCUGGAGCGUCGGCCGAGCAUGCUCAGUGUGAACCCGGAGCAACGGAAGCACCCCAGCUGGCCCCGCCUCGACCGCAGCAAUAGCAGUCGCAGUAACAGCAGUAAAGGCUACACACGGCUGGAGGACAGGGAGGAGCAAGGGGGGGAGCGGCUGUUGGAGUUGGAUGUGACUGCAAGGCGCGACUACAGCAAGCGGGAGAAGCUACUGAUGAUAUCGAGGUCGCAUAAUAAUCUGAGCUUUGAGCACGACGAGUUUAACAGCAGCACGCUGAAGAGGGGAAGCUCAGAGACUCGAUUCUGAGGUCAUGGACCAAUGGUUGUAUGGUGGUUUCCUCUUUUUCUUUAAAUUCAUGACUUAAACAGCUCCACUCUUUUACCAGAAACACUCAAAUGUUGCUUCAAAGUUUUUUUUUCCUGAACUGAAGGAAGGACAGUAGUGAGUGUCGGACGAUCUAUGCUGAGACACUAAAUGGCUACAGCAGCAGGUCCAGACCUGACCCUGACCUCUGUUGAGUGAGGCAAGUGGAAAGACAAGUUUCCUACAGGGAUCAAUAAAUAAAUGACAUUACAUCACCCGUCUGCUUUAUACAAACGUAGUUCUAAUAAAGAUUUAACAUGAUCUCAAGCCUUGACAGUCAGUAUAGGCUGAUGCUGUUUCCUUAUAACAGGUUUUGAAAAUUGCUUUUGGUGAAGUGUUUCAAGGUUUUUACUUGAAAAGCUGCUGGUGAAAUCAAGGACACACCGUCAUUGCUUUGAGCAAGUUCCUUUCUGAGUGGGAAACAGAGACACCAAGGUGAAUCUUUUAAAACAAGGUAGAGGGUAAAAAACUGAGGAACGAGCACGGUCGGUUUAAUAUCAGAGGAGAAGAAGCUCAAAAAUAGUUAUAUUAACAAUCUUUGCUUGGAGGGCACCAGAGAUGAAAAUAAAGUGUGCAAUGAGGCUUUAUAAAGAGACUGAGGCUGAUAAUUAUCUUUUUUCUCUUCCACUAAACGACUGAUCUUGACACAAAAACAAAUACAGUAUUUCCUUAAAUAGUGACCAGGACUUUUUAGAACUCUUCAGUUCUCUGCAGAAAGUACCAGGCCUUUAUUUUUACUCAGGCUUGAAUUCGAGUCAGGCCUUCUAUUCUAAUUUGCAAUAUCAAUCUUUAUCAAUCAAAUCAGCUCUUUAUAUGUAGAGCGCCAAUUCAUAACAAAUAUUUCGAGACAUUUUAAAAAGCAGGUAAAAGACCUUACUCUUUUUUAUUUUACAAAGACCAAACGUUAAGCCAUCAUGAGCACAGCACUUUUAGCAACAUUUAGCAAAGUUACAGCGGCAAGAAAAAACUUCGUUUUAAGAAGCAGACAUCUUGUGCACAACCAGGUUCAUGAUGAACAGCCAUCUGGCGAAACUGCGGCAGGCUUGAAAAUGGGAUGGGGGGUGAUGGGAUAAUGCAGGUGAUGCUUUGUGAUCAACAUAGUAGGUCAUCUUUGCAAGACCUUAUUUUGACUUGUUCCCAUGUGCCCUGUCACAGCUACAGCAUUACCCUUUUAUACAAAUGUAAUAUUUUUUAAAUUAGUUUCCAAUUAAAAGCUCUUUAGUAUUUAAUCUCUCAUUUUAGCAAGGUGUUUUAUUUUCAAGUAAUUCAGUUUUAAAAAUAAAUUGCAGUGCAUGGAUCCUAUUUAAAAUGUAGCUACUGUUAUCUAGUAUCUGUAUAAUACUAAAAAAUGAUGGUUUGGCUCGGACCUCACAUAGAGAAACCUGCAGUGACUAAAACAAGACAUUACACUUUCCAAGAGUAAACACAGUCCAAAAGCUCUAAAAAGAUAUGAAUAUAAGACGUGGUGUUUGCUUUAAGGUUGGGUUUUGUUUGUUGUUUGAGUGUCUGAUCUUCAGAUUGUAACAGAUGUAGAGAUCCACACAAAGACCAAAGUCAAACAAAUCGAGUUAAAAUGAAGACGCCAGACUACAAAAUACAAUAACAGAGUCAAUGUUGCCUCGCAGUCAUAAUAUUGCUGCCCUUUACCAAAUGCUAGAGUAAAACAAGUUUUACUAUGCUAAUGAAAAAAAGAAGUAACAAUGUCUGUCCAUGGCUCUGCCUGAGGGGUUUAAAGUUCAUACUCUGGUAGAAAAGACUGGACACUGUUAUCUCAGGAUAUGCCCAUAAAUAUACAUAUAAACAAACUUCAUUAUAAGACAAAUCCCCCAUAUUUGAAUAUUUAUGGACUUGAAGAAGACCAGAAGUAUGACAAACUGAGGCUUAAACAAAUGAUUAUACAGUUCAUCCAUGAUGCUUAUUUAAACACUUAACUGCCAAUUAAAUGCUUCAAGUAAUGAAGGCACAUCUUCACCAGGGAACGAAGUAUACCCGUCUUAAGCUGCCAAACAUUUCUCAGUCAUAAAAAAAACACUAAAU